CCCGCCUGCUGCUCGCCCGCCCGCCCUCCCGCCGUCCACCGCCGCAGUCCGCACCCAGCCUCGCCCGCAGCCCCCUGCAGCCCGCGCCCGCCUCCGGCCAUGCUGUCCUUCCAGUACCCCGACGUGUACCGCGACGAGACCUCCGUACAGGAUUAUCAUGGACAUAAAAUCUGUGAUCCGUAUGCUUGGCUGGAAGACCCAGACAGCGAGCAGACAAAGGCAUUCGUGGAGGCGCAGAACAAGAUCACAGUGCCGUUUCUCGAGCAGUGUCCAAUCAGGGGUUUAUACAAGGAGAGAAUGACUGAACUGUACGACUACCCCAAGUACAGCUGCCACUUCAAGAAAGGCAAGCGGUAUUUUUAUUUUUACAAUACAGGUUUGCAGAACCAACGGGUGUUAUAUGUGCAAGGCUCUUUAGAGGGGGAAGCCAGAGUGUUCCUGGACCCCAACACUCUCUCAGAUGACGGCACAGUAGCACUCCGAGGUUAUGCCUUCAGUGAAGACGGUGAAUAUUUUGCGUAUGGUCUAAGUGCCAGUGGCUCAGAUUGGGUGACGAUCAAGUUCAUGAAAGUUGAUGGUGCCAAGGAGCUUCCUGACGUGCUGGAGAGAGUGAAGUUCACCUGCAUGGCCUGGACGCACGACGGGAAGGGCAUGUUCUACAACUCGUACCCGCAGCAGGAUGGGAAGAGCGAUGGCACGGAGACAUCCACCAAUCUCCACCAAAAGCUCUGCUACCACGUCUUGGGAACGGACCAGUCAGAAGAUAUUUUGUGUGCCGAAUUCCCCGAUGAGCCUAAAUGGAUGGGGGGAGCCGAGCUAUCCGAUGAUGGCCGCUAUGUCCUGCUGUCCAUCUGGGAGGGAUGUGACCCGGUAAACCGACUGUGGUACUGCGACCUCCAGCAGGAAUCCAAUGGUAUCACAGGAAUCCUGAAGUGGGUAAAACUGAUAGACAACUUUGAAGGAGAAUAUGACUACGUAACCAACGAGGGCACAGUGUUCACAUUCAAGACGAACCGCAAUUCCCCUAAUUAUCGCCUGAUCAACAUCGACUUCACGGACCCUGACGAGUCUAAGUGGAGGGUGCUUGUCCCAGAGCACGAGAAAGACGUCUUAGAGUGGGUGGCUUGUGUCAGGUCCAACUUCCUGGUCUUGUGCUACCUCCAUGACGUGAAGAACACCCUGCAGCUUCACGACCUGACUACCGGUGCUUUCCUCAAGACCUUCCCGCUGGACGUGGGCAGCGUGGUGGGGUACAGUGGCCGCAAGAAGGACUCGGAGAUCUUCUACCAGUUCACAUCCUUUUUGUCGCCAGGUGUCAUUUACCACUGCGAUCUUACCAAAGAGGAACUGGAGCCCAUGGUUUUCCGAGAGGUGACAGUGAAGGGAAUCGAUGCUUCUGAUUACCAGACAAUCCAGGUUUUCUACCCUAGCAAGGAUGGCACAAAGAUUCCAAUGUUUAUUGUGCAUAAGAAGGGCAUAAAGUUGGAUGGUUCACACCCUGCUUUCCUAUAUGGCUAUGGUGGCUUCAACAUCUCCAUCACACCCAACUACAGCGUGUCCAGGCUCAUUUUUGUGAGACACAUGGGAGGCGUCCUCGCGGUGGCUAACAUCAGAGGCGGUGGUGAAUAUGGAGAGACGUGGCACAAAGGAGGUAUCUUGGCCAACAAGCAGAACUGCUUUGACGACUUCCAGUGCGCUGCUGAGUAUCUCAUCAAGGAAGGGUACACAUCUCCUAAGAGGCUCACAAUCAACGGCGGUUCCAACGGAGGCCUCCUCGUGGCUGCUUGUGCUAAUCAACGCCCAGACCUCUUCGGUUGUGUUAUCGCCCAGGUUGGAGUGAUGGACAUGUUGAAGUUCCACAAAUUUACUAUUGGCCAUGCCUGGACCACUGACUAUGGGUGCUCAGACAGUAAACAACACUUUGAAUGGCUUCUCAAAUAUUCACCCCUGCACAACGUGAAGCUUCCGGACGCGGACGACAUCCAGUACCCAUCCAUGCUGCUGCUCACUGCUGACCACGACGACCGCGUGGUCCCGCUGCACUCUCUGAAGUUCAUCGCCACGCUGCAGUACAUCGUGGGCCGCAGCCGGAAGCAGAGCAACCCGCUGCUCAUCCACGUGGACACCAAGGCUGGCCACGGAGCCGGGAAACCCACCGCCAAAGUGAUAGAAGAAGUCUCAGAUAUGUUUGCGUUCAUAGCGCGGUGCCUGAACAUUGAGUGGAUCCAGUAAAUGGGCCUUUUAGCUCCUCCCACCAGCCACAGACAACCACAAGGGCUUUCA